AUGGCUGUUUCAAGUGUCUCCUUACCUGACUUUCCACCGUUUGAUGUGCACAUAGAUGGCAACAUUGGCCCAAGAUGGAAAAAAUAUCUCGCUAGAUUCGAACAACUCCUUAUAGCAACAAAUAUUACGGAAGCAAAACAACAACACGCCCUCUUAUUACACUAUGCUGGGCCAGCAGUAGAUGAAAUAUUUGACACCCUACCUGACACUGGCGAAGACAAGGACUGUAAAAAAGCAAUUGACGCCCUCAACACAUACUUUAUUCCUCAAGCAAACACGGCUUUUGAAGAGUACAAUUUUCGCCAGGCUAAACAACAGCAAGGCGAAAUCAUUGAUGCCUAUCACACCCGACUCAGACGACUAGCGCAAACCUGCGAUUUUACAAACGUAGAUAAAGAAGUGAAAACACAAAUAAUCAUUGGAUGUUUGUCCCAUAAAUUACGGCGACAAGCCCUACGUGACAACCCAACCCUGGCAAAUCUACUUGCUGCUGGUCGUGCACAUGAACGCAGUGAAGAGCAAGCUGCAGUUGUAGAAAAGGGUACCUCUGAAGUGAAUGCCCUAAAGUAUAAAACUAAACCAAACAACCAACUCCCGAAAUCGACAUACCACCAGAAAAUAUCCAAACCUCUCAUUCCACCUGACAACAACAGAAACCCACCUGCACCACCCACUCCAAGGCAACAAUGUCGUAAUUGUGGCGGAAUUUUCCCCCACACAGGUGAUUGUCCCGCCAAAGGCAAAGAGUGUCGAUCAUGCGGCAAAAGUGGUCACUUCGCCAAGGUCUGCCGAUCCAAACCUAAACAUAGAGCGGUUCGACAAAUUGAUGACUCCCCAAUGGAUGACCCUGACUACAUAUUCACAGUGAAACACAACCAACAACCCUCUCCAUCACCAUUAUGUGAAGUGUACAUCGCAAAGGAACCAGUCAAGACCAUAAUCGACUCAGGUGCUUCUGUCAAUAUUAUUGAUGAGUUGACUUAUGACAAAAUUAGAAAUCAAGAUCAAAGCAUUUCCACUGUCAUCCAGGCAACCUUUUAUGUAACGCAAGGCGGAAACGGAAAUCUUUUGAGUAACAACACAGCCGAAAGCCUCGGAAUCCUAAAAAUCACUGUAAACACAGCACUGAACACCCCCACCACCUCUCCAGAAGACCAAUUUCAGCACUUGUUCGAUGGUAUUGGGAAAAUCAAGGACAAAGUAAUUAAGCUACAUAUAGAUUCAGAUGUCCAGCCCAAACAACAACCCCACCGCCGUAUUCCAUUUCACAUCCGUAAAGAUGUCGAAGCUGAGCUUCAACGCUUAGAAGAACUAGACAUUAUCGAGAAAGUAGAUGAACCCACCCCUUGGGUCAGCCCUGUUGUUGUUGUGCCAAAGAAGACUGGCGCAAUCCGCCUCUGUGUUGACAUGCGCGAGGCCAAUAAAGCGGUGAGGCGGGAGAAACACCUCAUGCCAACCCUAGACGAACUGAUCACAGACCUGAAUGGUGCCACUGUAUUUAGCACACUAGACCUCACAUCUGGGUACCAUCAACUCGAACUUGACCCUGCAAGCCGUCAUAUCACAACUUUCUCCACCCAUAUUGGUCUCCGAAGAUACAAACGAUUAAUGUUUGGAAUCAAUGCUGCGUCAGAAAUAUUUUAG